UCCCUUUCUGCCCAUAUCUAUCUCUCCAUCACUGCAUUUCCUUCUCUUUGAUACAUAUCAAUGGCUGAUUCAGAUGUUGGAAAGCUUCACGUGGAAGUCGAGGUGAAAUCUCCGGCGGAUAAGUACUGGGUGAGCCUCAGGGACUCGACCGAAGUCUUCCCCAAGGCUUUCCCUCAUGAUUACAAGAGCAUCGACGUCCUUGAAGGCGACGGCAAGGCUGUUGGAUCCAUUCGCCUCAUAACAUAUUCUGAAGGUUCUCCGAUUGUGAAGGUGUCAAAGGAGACCAUCGACAAGGUUGAUGAGACAAACAAAGCCGUGGCUUACCGGGUGAUCGACGGUGAUCUGCUCAAGUACUACAAGAGCUUCAAGUGCAUCCUGACCGUGAAUCCUAAGGGAGAAGGGAGCUUGGUGAAAUGGUCGUGUGAGUAUGAGAAAGCUCAUGAGCAGGUUCCUGAGCCGAGCAUCAUUAAGGACUUUGCUGUCAAGAACUUUCAUGAGCUCGAUGACUAUGUCCUCGCUCAUUGA